AUGGCCGAAAUUACAGGAAAUCGUCCACUGACUCGCGACUCAGUCAUUGAGGCUCACAAGCUCAUCGGCCAGUACAUCCACUAUACUCCAGUUCUGACCAACCGGACCAUCACGGAACUUGCCUCAACGCCUCGUACACCAGAGGAACUUGAAGGAACUCGCUAUGCAGGACGAACACCGGCCCGACCGGUGCUGAGACUUUGGUUCAAGUGCGAGAAUAUGCAACGAAUAGGAGCCUUUAAAGCCAGAGGUGCCUUUCAUGCCGUUGAGAGAUUAAAACAGGAACCUGGGUGGUUGGAAGGAGGGGGUAAAGAGAAGGGCGUUGUCACCCACAGUUCUGGAAAUCAUGCCCAAGCACUAGCUCUUGCUGCCCGUGAGAGUGGCAUCAAGGCUCACAUCGUUAUGCCUGAGAUCUCUAAUCCCAAGAAGAUUGCUGGUACAAAAGGCUAUGGUGCUCGAGUCAUUUUCAGUGGAAGCACAUCGACUGAGCGUGAAGCUAUGGCUGCAAAGGUCAUCGCUGAGACAGGAGCUCGUCUCGUCCCACCUUAUGAUCACCCGGAUAUUAUGCUCGGACAAGGGACUAUGGGGCUUGAGUUUCAGCAGCAAGUCGCUGAGUUGAUGACCACUGAUGCUGUAGUCGAUGGUCAAAGGAAGCUGUUUAGGGCUCCUGUUACUGGAAGAGACAAUGAGGCACCACGAACGAAGAAGGAGAAGCCAGGUCUGGACGCUAUUAUGACGCCUCUGGGUGGAGGUGGUAUGCUUUCAGGUGUAGCCCUCAGUUGUGAGGGUACUGGAAUUCGUGUCUUUGGCUCAGAGCCAUCUUUCGAAGGCGCAGAUGAUGGCAAGCGUGGAUACGAGUCCGGUGAAAGAAUCACAGCAGUCAAGACCCUCACAGUUGCCGACGGACUGCGCACUCCUGUGGGAGCGCACCCGUGGUCGGUCAUUUACGAGCGUCGCUUGGUGUCUGGUAUGUACAGUGUCACAGAGGAUGAGAUUCUGUCAGCCAUGAAGUUGGUGUUUGAGCGCUUCAAGCUUGUUGUUGAGCCGAGUGCUUGCGUACCGCUGGCUGUGGCGCUGUAUGACGAGGAUUUCAGAUCUAUGGUUGAGAAGGAGGCUGGAGAAGAGGGAUGGGAUCUUGGUCUCGUGUUUAGUGGUGGUAAUGUUGGCCUUGAUGCUGUGGGUAAGCUCUUCGCGGAGACUAAAGCACCCUUCUUUAAGCACGUUUAA